CCCCGGUUGGGUUUCAUGCAAACCGGACCGCAGGCGGCCCCCGCGCCCUCUCCAGGCCUCCUGUGCAGGGCCGGGGCUGAGCGCUCGUCACCGCCCGCUGCGGGGCCGGCCCUAAAAUCCGCGGCCCGUCCCCGCCCCGGCUCUCCCGUCCCCUCCCCGGCUCUCCAGGCCGGCGGGCGGCGCUGCGGGCCCGGCGCGGAAGGCGCGGGCGGCCAUGGCGGAGCGGCGGAGCGGGGCGGCCGAGGGCCUGGCCCGCCUCUCCGAGUGGGCAGACGCCCACCUCAGCCUGCUGCGGGUAACGGGGCGGGCGGGGCGCGGGUGAGGGGCCGGGGGCUGCGCGGUGCGGCCCGACCCGAGCGAGCCCCGCUGAGCCCCGCUCUCCUCUGCCCGCAGAACCUGAGCGCCGGCGUGGCGGUGGCCGGGGUGCUGGUGCUGGCCCGGAGCGUCCGCAUGACAACAAAGUUUACAAGUGCUUUGGACAUACCUGUGGAGUUUGUAGCGAAGAAUGUGAAAUUGCGGGGAAAAUUGCAUCACAUAACUGAGAAAGGCCUGGAAGUUGAGCACAUUCCCAUUAGCAUUCCUUUCGUUACGUCGAUACAGAGAAAGUGGCAGUCAGGUGGCCUGCUGCUGGUGAGGCUUGCUGGCGUGGAGCUGGCUCCAAGCGGCGUGGCCUGGUUGCAGCGAGAGUUGAAACCCAAACAAGUGAUAUGGUUCCAGCUUCUCGGAAGGGAGGACUUGGCACUUGAGUGCCUUGUUUUACUAAAUAAGGGUCGAUUUCUCAGCGUGUGCUUGAAUGAAGAGAUCCUGAGAGAGGGGCUUGGCAGAGCGGCACGUAUUGAAGGACUGCAUCACGAUUCCCGCCUGUACUGGAAACUUCAUAGAAGACUCCUUCGGGCAGAGUUAAAGGCCUUGAAGAAAAAUAAAGGAAUAUGGAAAGAAGAAAGCUACUCUGAAAGAAUUAGAGAUCGUGUAAGCAACAACAAAUUUGUACAGACAUUGAAACAAUUUGCAAGCUGGUUAAGAAGCUCCUUUUAAAGGUAAACUGAGAGACUUGCUGGAGGAAUGCCAGUGACCUCUGUUGUGCUUUAGGUAAAGUAGAAGUGUAUGAUAAAAACCACUGCCAUGGUUUUGAGGUGCCAGUCUUGAGCAGAAACCCCCGGAACUUUCCCAACGCCAUAUUAUAAUCCACAUGGGAUCGAACUUUAGCAGUAGUGUGCAAGCCACAAAUGAAAAUGUUCUGAAGCUGAGCUUUUCCACAGUGAUGUCUGAAAUGAAUUGUGCAGUUUUCCACCUGCUAAUUACCUACGCGGCUGUGUUAACUAACCAGUGAAAGCAGUCGACAGUCCAGUUUUUAAGAGGUGCAGAGUGUUAGUUCACAAUGUACGGCUGUAAAUGCUUCUCUGUUACCUGUCAUUACGAUGUAACCUCCCUGGUUAGAAAACUCCAUUUCAGACCUUUACAAAGCCUGUGGUAUGUGUUUACACACGAGCAUUUUGUUUGAAUUCUGUUCUUAUGCUACUUUUAUGUAUAAUUUGUGUUUUAAAAAUCUUUCAUCUUGAAUAAUGGGUUGCAUUGUUACCGAUAUAAAAGGUAAUUUGUUAUGGCUAAUCUUAAAAAGCUGAUAAGGUCAUAACAACUGAAGUUCCUUGGAAAAUAAAAAAUCACUUGGUGUAUUAAAGAAUAUAAAUUAAUAUGUCAGUAAUCCAAAUUUUUAAAGACAACAUUCAUUUGAAGAGGAAAAACUUACACUGUUGUUUCUGAUGGUUCUAUAAAUAUCUAAAAUUAGAUGAAAAUAAAACUUCAACAUGAAAUUUGAAAAGGUGGACCAUACUGUGUGAAGAACUUAGAAUUCUUGUUCCUGUUUUAUUUUUGAAAUGUUUUAAGUAUGAGAGUGCAUUAUUAUUUAUUUUGUAAAUAUUCUCAGAAUAAAGAUUGAAUUUCUUACGUUCA